AGAAUAAGAUAGCAUGCGCAUGGUCGAGAUAAAUGUACUGUAGGUCUCUCGUCGUUUUCAAAGGUUGUUGAGCUUGUCUCAACCGCAACCCAUCGUUCCUUCCAUUUCAUCCUCAUACAAACCUGCUCUUCUUUUGUUCCAUUUCCCUCUUAACUCCAAACCUCUUUCUCUAUUAUUAUUAUUAUCAUCGGAGAUACUACCCAAGAUGCCAUCUAUCGUCCCAAUAAACAGCCACGACCCCCAUAGCCACAGUACUGGCGUUAUCAAAUUCACCAACUGCUUGCUCGUGAAAGGGAACAAUCUUGUCAAAGAAGACCUCUGGAUUAGCUCCCUAAGCGGGAAGAUCCUUAAUGGCCAAGAGAUUCUCUAUGGAGCCCGUACCGCGCCAGACAGCAUCAUCGACUUAGACGGCCGCAUCCUAGCACCUGGUCUCAUAGAUGUGCAGCUCAACGGAGCCUACGGGUUCGAUUUCUCGGUUAUCCCAGAAGAUGGCACCGUCAGUUACGGGAAAGGAGUCCGCCGUGUCAACCGAAACCUCAUCAGAACAGGCGUUACAUCUUACUUGCCUACGCUGACUUCACAGCGUCCCGAGGUCUAUCAACAAGCUCUGCCUUUCCUCGGCCCGCCUAGCUCUGUCCGGGACCCAACGUACGGCUCAGAGUCACUAGGCGCACACUGUGAAGGUCCUUUUAUUAAUCCGAACAAAAACGGCAUCCACAACGUAUCCGUCCUCCGCACUGCACCAAACGGCCUCACUGACCUCGCUACCUGCUACGGCGCUACAUAUCUCCAAACCCCGUCCCCCAUCAAACUCCUCACCCUCGCGCCCGAGCUCCCAGGAGCGCUCUCCUGCGUCGAAUCGCUCACCUCGCUUGGUAUAACUGUCUCGAUCGGGCACUCAGACGCCUCGUACGAAGAAGCCAAACUAGGCAUCAAGUCCGGGGCAACAAUGAUAACACAUCUCUUCAAUGCAAUGAAGCCGCUACACCACCGCAAUCCAGGAAUCUUCGGUCUCCUCGGCACAACCUCCUCCUCUAUCCGCACAAAGCCCUAUUUUGGCAUCAUCGCAGACGGCAUCCACCUCCAUCCUACGAGCAUCAAAAUUGCCUGGAAUGCCCAUCCCGAGGGCUUGAUCCUCGUCACCGAUGCCAUGAGGCUUGCUGGGAUGCCAGACGGGACGUAUGACUGGACGAAUGGGUCUCGGAUUAUCAAGAAAGGGGCUCUGUUGACUCUUGAGGAAAAUGGGAAGAUUGCGGGGAGCAGUAUCAAGCUGAUUGAAUGUGUGACAAAUUUUCUAAAUUGGACCGGUGCAAGUGUGCCAGAGGCAUUGAAGGCGGUUACGGAGACUCCGGCGAAGAUGCUAGGGCUGCAGGAUGUGAAGGGGACACUCAAGGAGGGUGCGGAUGCGGAUUUGGUGGUGCUGAAUAUGCAAGAUACGGGUGUUGGGCAGGAUAAGAAGUUGGUGGUCGAUCAGGUCUGGAAGUUUGGGGAGAAGGUGUUCGAGAGGGAAUGAAUUGAGAACUCGAAAGUGGACAGGAGUUUUAUUGACAGAGGAAGUGGGAAGCUGCACAGUGCAAUGUGAGACAUGGGCGAGAUGGCUUCAUGAAUCCCCUACCUAUCUUUGAUGCUCAGACUGAAAUAGACGCGUAUAGAUUGCGAUCAAGCUUCAUGGCUAAGGACUGUACAGACGGGCGCCGUCAAACCAUUUGAAGAUACCCCUGGAUGUCGUACAUGUAGAAUAUUAGACAAUGAU